AUGGGCCCCUGUACCGCCUCCUCAUGCUGCUGCCAGGCCCAUAAUCUGCCAUGGGCCCCCGUACCGACUCCUCAUGCUGCUGCCAGGCCCGUAAUCUGUCAUGGGCCCCUGUACCGCCUCCUCAUGCUGCUGCCAGGUCCAGAGUGUGUCAUGGGUCCCUGUACGGCCUCCCAUUGCUGCUGUCUCCAUCGCCACACUCUGCCAUGUGCCACUUUCAGGUCUCCUCACACUGCUGGUGGGUUCCAUUUUUUCAUAGGGUGCUGUAUGGCCUCCCAUUGCUGCUGCCUCCACCGCCACACUGUGGCUCCACACUCUGGUUUUGGCCCCGUGACUGCCCAAAUGAGUGAAGUGUGCGGUGAUUCUAAGAUCGACGGCACUCAUCUGCAUGUCAUACUGACUGACAGUAUUAUUUCUCUUCCCCAGCAGACUCCAAGGGCAUUUAAAUUAAAGGUACAGUGUUCUGCACUAAUAUAA